AUAUACACAUCAAAUUUAUAACUCCCUUUAAACAUCUCAAGCGCCUAGUUGUCUAUCAAUGUUUAAGCAAUAAUCCCAAUAUGCCUAUGGCUGGGACAAAUUUUUCAGAUUUUUCUUUAUUUUAUAAUUAUGAUGCUCCCCGAUAUUUAAUAUAUUCUCAACUUAUAAAAGAAGAAGAUCACCCUGAGAAAUUUUUAUUAUACAUAAGUUACGAUGUUAAAAUAACUGUUGAGUCGCCGCAUCCGAUUAAGUGCCAAUCUGGGUCUCAUUCACUCAAUUUUCAAAGCAAUAUUUGCAUUUAUACUGAACGCGCACAAUACCAAAAUUCAAUAUACACUCAAUUCAUGAAAUUCAUAAAAUUUUCAUCAUCUGGAUCAGUUAUUGAUGUAGGCAAUCUUAAUGUAACUGACAAACUUGACUUUCAUACAAGUAAAAUUUACUCAACCAUUCCGUUGCCAUAUGGUGGUGUAAUUUUAUUUGACGUUGGUGUUCACCCUCUCAACAAUACAUUCAAUGUGCAAACAUUUGAUUUAGAUACUAUGGUCAAUGGUGAUAUAUUGUAUACUAAUACUUCGACGGCUUGGUUGUUUGGAUUGAGAGACUAUGGUGUUUUUAGUAAUAAUACUAUAUGCAAUUAUUUCAUUAUCGCUAACGACGAUUUUGUGAGAACAUCAAUAUAUCAUGAUCCAGUACUCGGAAUUAAAAAGGGUAUUUGGAUUGUGACGACGCCACAACAAGCGAAUUAUUCUAAAAUUUCUGAAUCUACAGAAGCCCUUUUACGUUUAAAUCAUGAUGGUGCUUCCUAUUUUUCAAGUUAUAAUCAGUCACAAUUGCUUGAUGAUUUGUUACAGCAAAUAAAAUAUAGCAUUCCUUUCAUGGAUGAUCGAUUGAAAAUAACACACAAUGUUCAAUCAGAUCCCUCAGAUCCCUCCAAGCUUCUAAUCGAAUUUUCUAUUGAUAAGGCAACUGAUCCUUUAAAUGAUCCUAGCGUGAAUGAUAUUAUAAAUGAUUUAAAUAUUAUCAUAAAGUCCAAAUACAUCAGUUCUCUUUCUGAUAAAACAUUCAUGACAUUUAUUGAUGAACUGUAUGGAUUCCAAGUCAAAC